AAAGCCGUUUUCCCGACGUCGUCUAGGUGCUGUACUUAUAUCUCGAUACGGCAGUCCCAUAUGGCUUCCUCGAAAUCACCCGAAGUCACUGAAAUUGAUGGCAAGAAAUACAGAAAAGUCACCGAGGGUUUAGCGUCUGUGCUUGCGCCGUACAAGGAAGACUCCGAUGCACUCACGAAAACGGGACGUAACAACGACGAGGGCGCCCAGGCGGUCUUUUAUAACCCAAUCCAACAAUUCAACAGAGAUUUGAGUGUUCUAGCAAUUUCUGUCUAUGCCGAAGGCGCUGUACUCGAAAAAGAAGCUCGGCAAAGUCAAAAGCACCAAGGCCGGAAAAAUGCAAAAGAGAGGAAAAAACAGCACGAUUCCAAGUCUCACGGCGCGACAUCUGAGCAAAAUUCGAACGGCGUGGCAGAAGUCACUAAUACGGUGACACACCAGCCUGUCACAGAACAGAAUGGUAGUCGCAAGCGCAAGGCGGACGAUAUAACAGAUCCAGACGCCGAGACUGCAGCCGGCGAAUCGAAGAAGGCCAGGACUAACCAGCAUGUCGAAGACGAUGAGGAGGACGACGACUUACCAGUGGAAGAAUUAACUAGUAACGUGGUGGGUGAGAAGUCACAACAAGAAGGAAGCGGUACCCUCCCCAUCUCAGAAAAGCAAAAAUACGAGGCAAAGAGUGAUGAUGCCACAAAUGCCGUCACGACGGCUACACAGAAACGCGUACCUUUCGCCAUCCUAGACGCUUUAUCCGCGACCGGUCUUCGAGCACUACGUUACGCAAAGGAGAUACCCCUCGCCACGAACAUAGUGGCCAAUGAUCUCUCCCCGGCGUCCGUCCAAAACAUCGAACUCAACAUCAAGCACAAUGAGGUCCAAGACAAGGUCAACUCCAACCUCGGCGACGCGCGUGAAUUCAUGUACAGCAAGGUGGGAAACGAAAAGCCUCGCUCGGGAGGGCAACGUUACGUUCACCGCUUCGACGUCAUCGACCUCGACCCGUACGGUACCGCCGCGCCUUUUAUCGAUGCAAGUCUCCAAGCCGUCCAGGACGGUGGCAUGCUCUGCGUCACAUGCACGGACGCCGGCGUCUUCGCCUCAACCGGUUACCCCGAAAAGACGUACGCGAUGUACGGCGGCAUGCCCGUCAAAGGCCCAUACUCCCACGAGGGAGGACUGCGGUUGAUCCUGAACGCCGUUGCCGUGUCAGCCUCGAGGUACGGCCUCGCCGUCGAGCCGCUCCUGUCCCUGUACAUCGACUACUACGCUCGGCUGUUCAUCCGGGUCCACCGAAGACCGCAGGAGGUCAAACUCCUGCCCGGCACCACGAUGACGGUGUACAACUGCGGACACGGCUGCGGCGCGUGGACGACACAGCCUCUUCUGCGCAACCAGCCGCAGACAUCGAAGAACGGUGACCGGUGGUACAAGUUCUCAUUCGCGCAGGCCCCCACGGCCUCGCCCAACUGCGAGCACUGCGGCUCGAAAACGCACCUCUGCGGGCCCAUGUGGGCGGGGCCGUUGCACAACCCGUACUUCGUCCAGAAAAUGCUCGACAAGCUACCCUCGCUCGACAAAAAGGUUUACGGUACCACGGAACGUCUGGAAGGUAUGCUGACCGUCGCCCUCGAGGAAGACCUCACGUUGCAACGACAACAACCCCGGUCGGCCGAAGAAACGACACCCACCGGUGGUGCAGCAUCGACGACGACGGCAACGGAGAGCGCCUCCGCCGACGGCAUCUCCGUCGAGGCCUCCUCUGACAAAAUGAUCCCGCGACUCCCGCCGCAACUCGUCGACCCCGCUCCGUUCUUCAUCCUCCCCACCAACAUCGCCAAGGUGAUCCACUGCGCGACCCCCUCGGAGAGCAUGGUCCGGGGCGCCAUCAUCAGCACCGGCUACCGCGUGACCCGGUCCCACUGCAAGCCGGGGAGCAUCAAGACCGACGCGCCCUGGAGUGUCUUGUGGGAGAUUAUGCGAGAGUUCAUGAGGCAAAAGGCCCCGAUCAGGGAUGGAGCCGUGAAGCGUGGAACCCCCGGUUGGUCAUUGUUGGCCAAAGUUCGGGGUGGUGAGCGGGCCCUCGUGUCGAACCUCGCCGCCUUGUCCAGAGACCAGCUCUCGCGGUGCGAAUCCAGAGAAGACAUGAAGACCGUCCUACACGGGAUGCUCAAACGGUUGGAGAUUGAGGAACUCGCACAUGACGGAAAGGCGAAUGGUACUGACACAGGAGCAACAACAGCGGCAGCAGCAGCAGAGUCGACAGAAUCGACCGUAACUGAAGAAAAAGUCUCGGCGAGACAAAGACAAGAACGAUCCAACAAAACUCCCCCUCCACCAUCAGUAGAGCCGUCCAAGCUCAAGAUUGUCUUUGACGAGAAGCUGGGCAGGGACAAACCUCGCGGCAAGCUGGUGAGAUAUCAAAUGAAUCCACGCGAGAAUUGGGGGCCCAUGAACCGGGCGGGAAGAACGGGUUAA